AUGUCCUUGUCGCGAUCACCCUCUCCCCACCCGGGCGGAGGGUGGUCCAGUCCGGGCCUCACUCCCGGCAGCGGUAACUCGACUCCGCGCGGCUAUUCGCCUUCGCCCGCUUCGCUGGCUCCCAGCGGGAUCUCGUGGGCUGCCGCUAAAGCGAAAAGUGAUGAAGUGCGCGGAUACCCGUCCUUCUCGACACGCAAUUCGGGCUUUUUCUCCCGCCAGAAACACCGGAUCUCCGCGCGACUGCCCAGCUUCCGAGGACAGCAGCCUGGAUACGUUGAUAAGGAUCACCAUGGGCGCGCGCACCACCGCGCUCACGGUCGCGGGCCAUUUGGGAUACAGUUACGGCGGGGCCGAUCUCGUUUCUUCCUUGGGUUGUUCUUGUUAUGGAUUGGAUACCUGUGCUUUUGGUCCACAAUCGUCCACUUAUACCGACGGUCGCCGCUCGGCGGAGGGCGCAAAUUCGUGAUCAUUUUGAGCUCGAACGUGGAGGGCGGCGUGAUGGAAUGGAAGGGCGCGCGCGAGUGGGCCAUCGAGCGCAACAGCAUUUGGAACAAGAAGCAAUACGCCAAAAAAUGGGGUUAUGAGCUUGAAGUCGCCAACAUGCUGGCCAAGAAGCGGUACUCGCACGAAUGGCGCGAGAACUGGGAGAAGGGCGACGUGAUCCGCGAGGCCAUGCGCAAGUACCCCCAGGCCGAGUGGUUCUGGUGGCUUGAUCUGCACACCUGGAUCAUGGAGUAUGACACAUCUCUGCAGAGCCAUAUCUUCAACCAUCUGGACGACCGUGUCUACCGCGACAUCAACGAGUACAACCCCCUGAACAUCACACACCCGCUGCCGGAGUUCUAUCUGGAUGACCUUGGUCGCGCGCUAGAGGGCGACGAAGACCCAGACUCUCUCAAUAUGCUUCUGACGCAGGACUGCACCGGGUUCAACUUGGGGUCUUUCUUCUUGCGACGAUCCGUCUGGACCGACCGGCUCCUUGAUUCAUGGUGGGACCCCGUCAUGUACGAGCAGAUGCACAUGAUCUGGGAGCAUAAAGAACAAGAUGCCUUUGAAUACAUCUACCAGAGCCAACCAUGGGUGCGAAGCAGUGUUGGCUUCCUCCCGCAGCGCAGCAUCAACUCAUUCCCACCGGGCGCCUGCGGCGUCGAGAACAACCCAAGAGUACACUACCAAGAGAAAGACCGAGAUAUGGUGGUGAACAUGGCCGGGUGCAUGUUCGGGCGUGAUUGCUGGACCGAGAUCCACGACUUCCGCGAGCUGAGCGACAAGUUGAACCGGGGUCUCUGGGCGCAGCUCCUGGAUAGUUGGCGUGGCUCGUACAAAUCGGCCGCCCACGCGGAUAGCGAGGUCGGACAGUAG